UUUUGCGUGAUGGACGCACUCUUGUCCGCCUGAGAACAGUGUUUUGGACCUGCCCCCAAGAACCACUUGCUAACGUGGGAGUAGGAGGGAAAGCUUGUCAGCAACACACAUGGCCUCUUGCUCGCUGCAGCUCAAAGCCCGCGUCUUGAUCCUGACCUUGCUUUACCUUCCUAAUCUUAAGUCUUGCCAUUUAUAGUUGUUUCCACCCAGAGCUUUCUUUGCUUCCUGUCACUAUUUUUUUCCUUAGCUUUUUUUGAUGUUUAUUUAACGUUAAUGUCCUUGUUUUCCAAUCAUUUCACAAACUUUUUUCCUUGGGUAUCUUUUUAAAUACAUUUAUUUUUGCCUCUUUCGUAUCUGUAAGAAUCGCUUCUUUGCCUGUUAGAGGAAUUUGAAGAACGACUUUUCGCAGGUUCUCCAGUGACUUGUUUUGUGUUCUCUCUGGAUGCGUAAUGUUUGAUCUUGCACUAGGCCACAAGGGUCCUCCUCCACCAGGGACCUGAUUUUAGUUGAGGUUCCAUUACCUUCUACCUGUGUGUCUUUGGGCAGGUGUCUUGAAUCUCGAAGUUUCUCAUCUCUAAAUUAGGUUGUGGUGGUUGUAAGUAUAAAAUAAUGUUUGUGAAAGCACUUGACCUUAAAAUAUGAAAAUACAGACUAGUUCUCUGAAAAUGCUGUAUGGCUUCUCACCUUCUUUCUGGGAUUAGGCUCUAGUCAUUUUGUCAUUUUAUACUUAAAUUGCAAAAUGCAGUGAGUUUUCUAGUGUGGCAAAGGCAAGCAGCUUUGAAAUUGAAACUUCCACCGAAGAGCAUUUAUCUAGGGUUCUAGAGACAGGGGCAUACAAACACCAGAGCUGUUUUAAAAGAUACCUUUUUGGGAAAAGGAUUUAUGUUUUAAAUAACAGUAUUGCACUACCCAAUACAAGAGUAUAUUUUGAUCUGUCUGUCUGUCUAUAUGACUGGUUGGUGACACUAAGCAGCUGAACCCCUAAGCUGUAACCAGGGUGAUGUGGAAAUAGUCCAUGCAGUGACAUCAUUGUGACGUGCAUGAAUUGUGAUAGUUCUAAGUCAUUUAUGGUUUGGUUGGUAACCAUAUCAAACUCUGGAGAUGUUAUAAUCUGAAGGCUUUAAACCUAGAAGGAGUUACUUCCCAAACAUUUCUGGGUUAAUACUUUAUUAUAGCGUGCAUUGAUAUAAAUGAGGAGAAGAAAACAUAGAUCCAGGUGUUUGGAUACUUAAAGAAGAAUCCUUCAAGACUGCUUUUGGCAUCAAAUGCAAUGGACCCCAGCAGUGAUUAUCAUUUCCUCAAUCAGAUUCUGUGGAGAAGAGUGAGGCUCACCUUGGUUUGUGGAGCCUUCGAGGGUGUGCUCCAGCACGUGGACCCUAACAGGAUCGUUGUCCUGAAGAAAGUGAAGAAUGUGGAGACAGGUCGAAGUGUCCCAGGAGUGAAGAUGUUCUUUGGGCAUGAGAUUGUGAAUGUGGAAUUACUGGAUGAAGUGGAACAAGGACCAGUGAGAGAAAAGGCACCUUCUGUCAGUCUGAAUAUGGAAAGAACAAGUGUGGAUAAAAUGCAAGAUGAAGACCCAAGUGUGUGUGAGCCUGCCUCUCCUGAUCCUGGAGCACCACCCAUCUCUCUGCUGAAUGAUCUGAAGUACAGUGCAUCAGAGGAAGAGGAGGUGACAUAUACAGUCAUUGAUCAGUUCCAGCAGAAGUUUGGUGCUGCAAUGCUUCACAUCAAGAAGCAGAGUGUCCUGAGUGUGGCGGUGGAAGGAGCUAAUGUCUGUCGUCAUGGGAAACUGUGCUGGCUUCAGGUGGCCUCAAAUAGCCGAGUUUACUUAUUUGACAUUUUCCUUUUGGGACGUCGUGCUUUCAACAAUGGCCUUCAGAUGAUAUUGGAAGACAAGAGAAUUUUAAAGGUCAUCCAUGACUGCCGUUGGCUUUCAGACUGCCUCUCUCAUCAGUAUGGAAUUAUGCUGAACAAUGUCUUUGACACUCAGGUAGCAGAUGUCCUUCAAUUUUCCAUGGAAACAGGUGGCUUUCUUCCAAACUGCAUCAGUACUUUGCAAGAGAGUUUAAUCAGGCACCUUAAGGUAGCCCCUAAGCAUCUCUCCUUUCUAGAAGAGAGACAAAAAUUGAUUCAGGAAAACCCGGACGUGUGGUUCACACGCCCUCUUUCACCCUCUUUGCUGAAAAUUUUGGCCCUGGAAGCCACCUACCUGCUGCCCCUUCGCUUGGUGCUGCUGGAUGAGAUGAUGUUGGACCUAACAACCCUGGUGGACGGGUACCUCAACACCUACCGCGAAGGCUCCGCAGACCGGCUCGGAGGCACAGAGCCCACCUGUAUGGAGCUGCCACAGGAGCUGCUUCAGCUCAAGGACUUUCAGAAGCAGCGCAGAGAGAAAGCUGCAAAAGAAUACAGCGUGAACGCCCAGGGACUCCUGAUAAGGAGCGUGCUGCAUCCAAAGAAGUCAGUGACAGAAACAGCAGGGAAGGAAGGAAAAGUCCGAGGGUUCUUACUUUGUAAAAAUUCUAGGGUGGAUCAAGCUCCAGAUUUUACAUCCCGUGAAUCUCGUCAAGGCGAGAAGUUUCUGAAAGUGGAGAUGAUGAAUAAAGAAACCACAACAAGACAUCCACAGCCGCCUUCUCUAGAGCAAGGAGAAGCCCGAGACGGGUCCAGCACUGAGGCCGUGGGGUCAGAGAACCCGAGAGUAGCUCAAAACAACCAGCUUGUGAUGUGCAAGCAGGACUUUCAGGCGAGUUCUUUGAAAGAGGAGAUAGAACAGUUACUGACGAUGGAAAGCAAGGAAGGCUUACAAUGCACAAAGCAAGGUGUUUCAGUGUCUUCAGGGGACACCUCCCAUCCUUCCAGAAAAUCUGCCCUUCCCACACUCCCUCCCUGUCCUGCCUUGGAGAAGACUGACUCCUGGAUAAACCUGUCCCCAGGUCUGGCCUAGAGAUUUGCCCUUUGUUGUCAAGGCCGCAAGGCGGCUCACGUCCCGGCCUCCAGGGCCUCCCUCUGUGCUUAAGUUUGGUUACGCCUCAGUCACAGGCUCUGGGGGAAGUUGUAUCCUCCUGCUAGCCCCGACAUUCCUGGUAUUGGGAUUAGGAUGGGAACGGAUAAGUUAAAUAACAGAGGAAGUACGGUUUCUGAUUAUGUCAUUGUGAGGAAAUGUUUCCAGUGGCCGGGAUGAAUUAUUUCUAAGAAACUGGUUUUACAGGACUUGACGAAGGGGGGGGAAAAUCUUAGGCUUAGUAUUAAGAAAAAUCUAUAAUUUAAACGUUUUGUUCUGUUACUUUUAGGAUGAUUUGAAAGGGGAUCAUUAAAAUUGAGCCAUAAAUUUAAAAAAAAAUUGGUCCUUGACAACCGAACCAGAGCUCCUUUCCUUUGGGAAAGCAUAGGCUUUAUGCUUGAAUUGUGAAUGUUUUAGUGUCUGAUGUCACAGACAGUAAGAAUCAACAUCUCCGUGUUCAUUUCUUCUUGUUUGAGUUACUUUGAGGUUUUCUCUGUUUUCUUGCCAGCACAGGGGCCCUGGGCUGCUUUGGGAGUCUGUCUACUUCUCUGCCAUGUAAACUUGAACUCUGUCUCGGUUGUAUUUGACUGUGGCUGGGGUGCUCUCUUGGCAAAAGGAAGGCAGCUGUGCAGAACCCUUUUUUGUUCAAGUCACUCAGUUUUUGUGUGUGUAACAUAACCAAUAAACCUGUUUUGGCAUUA